GCAGAAAGUAUUAAAGCAUGAAAUCCCGUAUUUUUAAUGUACGAAAGCAUCCUGUAUCAUAACUACAUGUGUGCCGUUUGUAACAAACCAAACCUCGUGAAAAUCAGUUGAAAAUUCAGUGAGUUAUUCUAUUUUACUUGUGCAUACAGCUCCUUCCUCAAUAGAAGUGAAUGCACUGUGGAGGCGAAGCGAGACCCAUCCAAGAUGGCGGCUGGCGAGGACGUCGGCUCUGACAGGCAGCGGCAGUCAAUGCGGCGUCUAUGUAUACAUGUCUAUGGUAACAGCUGUAUGAUUUCUGAUGAAUCUGCUCACUUCCUGUUGUUACUGAUGACUUCCUGUCAGGAGAACGAGACUCGCAGGCAGCAGGAGAAGAGGAGGAAGCAGCAGGAGGAGGACAGGAAACAAAAAGGAGACACAAACAAGAUCAUCAGGAAGGACGUGUCCAACCAGGACGAAGGCUGCAUCAUCGACAACCUGCUGGCUGAGAUCAGGAAGGGCUACAACCUGAAGAAGACCAGACCUCGAGCUGAGAGGGGCAGCAGAGUCCACGGUGAGGACGGAGGGGGACUGUGA